UAGAAAGGAAAGUGUUGUGGCUGCAGUCACCACCUCGCAAAACCCGUUCCACCCCAUUUCCCCGCUGUGCUCUCAAUUGGGAAGGUUUCGUUUGCGGCUGGUGCUACUGCUGAUGCAACGGGUGAGGGAACAGCAUCUCAUCCGCCCUGGGAGGAGAAUCUGUGUCAUACCGAAUAGACCGUGUGUAUGUGUGUGUAUGUGUGUGUUGGCUCUCCUCGCGAGUGUAAUUAUACAUCGUCCACGAAGCAGGCGUGAAGUACAAAUGUCAAAACCCCACUUCUAGUGUCGUGAAAGGAUUGAGAAGAGCGGGCCGCAAAGUAGGCAAUCCCGGCAAGUGUACACAGAAAGGAGGGGUGAGCAAUUUGGAACGAGCAGAGCAAUAAUAUUCUUGCACAUAAUUUCUCUUAUUUUGGGGCUGGUUGGCAGCAGCGACCGUCAAUCCACCCGCCAGUAGUAUAAUAGUAAGGCUCUCUCGGUUCGGAGCGAAGGAAAUCGCGCGCAACCGGCAGCACCCUUUCGGCAAACGGUGGCACUGUGGCUGUGUGUGUGAGUGUGACUGGCUGGAAGUGUACUCAACCCCCCCGAGUUCGACCUAAUCAUAGGGUUUUGGGUGGCGCCGGUACUGCGCCGAGACGACAGCACCCGACUCUACAAUCCACCCGUGAACCGAUUGAAGGGGAAACCCCCUCGGAGGCUUGUUUUACUAGCAGGCCUGUCUACCAGAGCAAGGCUUGAACGGGAUAGAGCGUUCGUGUUCGGAAAAGUGCACCCAGUCGCGAAAGAAAACACACCAUCGAUUGCAAAACCGGGCGAGGAAGGCAGCUGCCGAACGAGCGCAGUAGAACGGAACGAAGCGACCGAAGUGCAUCGGCCAAUUUUCCCUGCGUUCGCAAUAGAAAAAAAAACCGCGUAUGCAAAAGGUGUACAGAGAGCACCGUCAAGCACAAAUCAAUCAAAGUGUGCCGAGUGAGUGUGAAUGAGCAAAUGAAGUGUGUGUGUGUAGUGUUGUAGUGAGUGAGUGAGCGAAAAAGAAAAAAGAGAUUUAAUAAGCCUUUUCCCCGUUAUUUCCACUUCCGGCCGUUUCUAGUGCAGCCUUUUUUCCUCGCAAGUGUGUGUGUGUGUGUGUGGUGUAGUGUAGUGUGUUAAGUGGCACUAUUACGUUCCGGUAACUUCUCAGCUGUUCCUUUCAGGUGCAAGGGAAAAGUAGUGUAGCGCUCUGUAUAGAGAAACUGUAUGUAGUGAAAAGCUAGUGUAAAAGGGGGGAAAAGCAAAACCGCUACCGACAUCGAAGCACCCGCUGGAUUGUGGAAACAAGCACACACACACAACAUCCCACAUCCGCCGAGCGUACCCUCCCGGGGGAGCAUCCGAGUGAGUGUGUCGCCGGCCCGACAAACCUUCCUUUGGCUCGCGUGAGGUUCAGGUCCAGGAGGAAGGUUGACAAAGUUCAAUUGGCCACCGAAACACAGACGCGUACGACGGACGUCGUGUCCGUCUGGCCGAUUGACGUAUGUGUGUGUGUGUGUUUCGCACACGACAGGGUCUUAUGAAUGUUAUGGGUGCCUUUUAGUGGAACAGCAGCAGCAGCAGCAGCAGCAAAAAUAGUGCAACAUCAACUGUUCGCCGGUUUCGGUGCGUGUGUGUUAGCGUGGUUUAUUCGAGCUUCCGGCAAUAGUUGAGCCAGCCAUACUCCCCUCGCCCUCCUGGGGAACCACAGUGUCGAUGAGCGGGUGCCAUUUUUAAAUCAACGCUCCUCGAUAGCAUCCACACAGUCGCGCAACAUCCGUGUCACGGUGCUGAAAAACAUGUUCAAAAAGAUUGCCCUCACGAGGUCCGCCCUCAAGAAGGCGAUCGUGGUAGUGUCCGUCUGUGCGCUGGCAAGCUUCCUGCUGCUGCUGUACUGGAAUGACAGUUCCGAGUCGACCAAACCCUCCAGCACGAUGGCGAUGGGCAUCUAUAACACGCACAUCGUCGAUGGCAGCCUGGACGGCGGUCCGAUGAGCGCUGGCGAUAGCGUCCGGGACAGUGCCAUCCCCGUAAAUCCCAUCGAGCGGCUGUGGACGUACCGGUGUGUCAACAAUCGGUGCGUGCGGCACCAUUUCGUGGAUGGGGCGGAGGAGGACUUUGACACGAACAACGCGCACCAGCAGCAGCACGGAGGACAAGCGCCAGCCGGUGCCGGGAGCGCAAACACGGGCAGCAGCAGCAGCUCACCCGGCAAGCGUAUCCCCUACCUAACCUGUACAAUGACCUGUGGGCCGAUCAAUAUUUGGCCGCAGCCGACCGGUGCCACCACGAUCGGUAGCAAAACGUCCCGCUUUCGGCUGUCGGACAUGCACGUGAAAAUCGUGACCAAGUUCGAGCCGGUCGAUAAGCUGCUGCACGACGCGUACGAUGUGCUGCGGGCCGAGGUUCGUGCCGCGAUGGUUUCGCACGGCGCGACGCUGGAAGAGAUCGAGGGUGCGGUGCCGGCGGCGUCCGUCCCGGCUGGGGUGCAGCAGCUGCCCCGGGCGGAGGAACGGUCGCUCGCUACGGAGGUGAACGAUGCGGCCACGGUUGGAAGGAGUGCCGGUGGGUCGGAAACGUCCGGCGUGGGGAAGAUUCACUUCUUCAAGCUGGUCAGCGACAAGCGGUACGAUGUGGACGCGUUCGAGGUGAACGUGCACGUGGAGAAGUCGGGCGAUACGCACCUGACGUUGCACACGGACGAGAGCUACAACAUGACGGUGACGCACUCUGCACGUGUGUUGAUCGUAAAAAUAACUGCCAACACGUUCUUUGGCGCAAAGCAUGGACUGACCACGCUGCAGCAGCUGAUCUGGUUCGAUGACGAGGAGCGUACGCUGAAGGUCCUCAACAAGGCGUCCAUUGAAGAUGUGCCAAAAUUUAACUACCGUGGCCUUAUGCUCGAUACCUCCCGGCACUACUUUACGGUGGAUGCGAUCAAGCGCACCCUCGUCGGCAUGUCCCACUCGAAGCUGAACCGGUUCCACUGGCACAUCACGGACUCGCAGAGCUUCCCGUUCGUUUCGCGCCACUAUCCCCAGCUCGCCCGGUACGGUGCCUACUCCGAGCGUGAGGUGUACACCGCAGACGACGUCCGGGAGCUGACCGCGUUCGCGAAGGUUCGCGGCAUCCAGAUCAUACCGGAGAUCGACGCACCGGCCCACGCCGGCAAUGGGUGGGACUGGGGUCCCAAGCACGGGCUCGGGGAGCUGAGCCUGUGCAUCAACCAGCAGCCGUGGAGCAACUACUGCGGCGAGCCACCGUGCGGACAGCUCAACCCGAAAAACAACAACACCUAUCUGAUCCUGCAGAAGCUGUACGAGGAGCUGCUGGAGAUUGUCGGCCCACUGGAUUACUUCCACAUCGGCGGGGACGAGGUGAACCUGGAGUGCUGGCAGCAGCACUUUAACGACUCGGACAUGCGCACGCUGUGGUGCGACUUUAUGCUGCAGGCGUACCAUCGGCUGCAGCUCGCCAGUGGACAGAACGCGACGGCACCGCGCCUGGUCGGCGUGUGGUCGAGCGGGCUUACCAGUGCGCCGUGCCUGUCGAAGAACACGUUCGCGGUGCAGGUGUGGGGCGGCAGCAAGUGGCCCGAAAACUUCCAGCUCAUCAACAGCGGCUACAGUCUGGUGAUAUCGCACGUGGACGCGUGGUAUCUGGACUGCGGGUUCGGCAGCUGGCGGUCAACGGGCGAUGGGGCCUGCUCGCCGUACCGCAACUGGCAGACGGUGUACAAGCAUCGGCCGUGGGAGGAGAUGAAGCUUACCACGCUGCAGAUGCGUCAGAUUUUGGGCGGUGAGGCGUGCAUGUGGACGGAGCAGGUGGACGAGUCGAUACUGGACGCGCGGCUGUGGCCGCGCGCAUCCGCCCUGGCCGAGCGGCUGUGGACCGACCCGACCGAGGAGCGGUACAGUGAGUCGGUACCGCUCGAGGUGUACAAUCGGAUGUCGGUGUUCCGGAACCAUCUGCUCGAGCUGGGCCUGCGGGCGGAACCGAUCUUCCCGAAGUACUGUGCGCAGAACCAGGACGAGUGUGUAUGAUAUUACGCCAACCCGUUCUACUAGAUUUUGUGAUUUUUCGCUAGAGGAGGGGAGGGUACUGUGUGGUUGUGAUAGUUUGACAAAAAAGAGGGCGCUUUGACCGAUGUGCUACACGCAAUUGUACACGACAAAGGGAAGCCUGGGCAAGACGACGCGAGAGGAAGGCACAUAUAUUUAGAAAACGCUUGAAACUCAUGAUAUUACUAUGACCAACAAUCAUGUAGCAACAGGAAUGGCGGGCGGGAAGAAGGAUGAGAUGAGGAUAGAAUUUUUGUUUGUUGUUAGAUAUUUAUGACACGGCGCAGUAGUGUGAUGCACAGUUGAACCUGUAGAACCGGGGAGCUGCGCAAAAGGUUUAAAACAAAACAAAAAAGGACACACGGUUGUACAUAGUUUGUAAAUGAUUGACGUAGUGUUACGGUAGCUACUUAUUCGGAGGUUUCAGCGUAGCGCUAGUAAAACGAGAAACAUUGUAACCUGCACACCUACCGUAGCGUUUAAUGAUCAUGAUAACAGUACACACGACACCUAGCCGAACGGAAGGAGACAAUUAUGGUUUAAUAUGGUUUCUUACCAAGUUUAGUAUAGUCUAUGAAGAAUUAGUAACAAAAAAAACACAACAUUUUGCGCUUACAAACUUACAAAAAAACGUGCACACUCACACGGCAACGGAACCAGUAACACGGAAGGUUGUAACUUCUCUAGUAGCAGACGAGUCUAGCAGAUAGGCACGAGAUACUAACGAGCGAUAGAAUCAUCAAUGCAAAACACACGGACUCUUUCUGUAGAGGAGUAUUUAUAUUUAAUUUCCCACAUACUCUUAGAUACAAUUCUUUAUUUUCCUCCAUUCACCAUACCUCAAAAUGGGAAAAUUCUGAAAACGAUUUGCACGGUAAACAGAACGUCACGAGGCGCCUGGUAGACGAUAGGUGAAUUGUAUUGGUUCACGCGUACUUAAACGACCCGUGUGCAUUGCGACGUUUGUGUUUUCUAUGCUUUACUGGGUGAACAAAUUUUCUAUAAAAUCGUGCAUUCUUUUCCAAAUUGUUACAAAUGCCGAUAUGAUGAUGAUGGUUGAAAUUGUGGUACAGCAAUUUUUCAGGAUAAUUAGUUAAAAAGGAAACGGUAAAGCUGCUUCGAAAUGAGCUUUACUAUGCGCGUGAAAGUGUGUGGAGCAAGUGCAAACAGAAAAGGUGAAGUAAUUUCAUGUAAACCCUCCCGAUAUACCUGCAGACGAUUUCGCUAACAUACGUAAGUGUUUAAGUAUUUUCUUUAUUUUUUUUGUGUCGCCUCCCGUUCAUACACUUGUGCGUGUGGUUUGAGAUUUGCGCAAGCGGUUAGCUGUAUCUGUUUCGUGUUAUUAUGUUUGUUGUUAACUAUUGCUUUAAUUUAGCAGAAAAGAAAGCAUACAGACAAUUUGCAGGCGCGCGGCAUUUCCGUUUUGCCAAAUUGUAAUAUUAAUAUUUAACAAAAUCCAACAGACACACAGUCGAAACACUUCUUUCCCACUAAACUAAGUGCACUGUAGGUUUAAGCGUAACGUAGCGGCGUAAGUUAGGUAAACAACUAUCUAAAAACGGAAGCUCUAAGCAGCACUUGCAGGAUGGAACACUUGUUGUUGUCAUUGUCAAACGACCAAAAUGCCUGAUUGUGAGAAAAGAAAACGUGGGAACGAGAAAUUAGGAAAAGCAAACAAUAUAGUAUGUAUAGAAACAGGUACACUUUCCUUUAAGAGAUUACUGUGCAAAAGUUUGAUUUUAAACAGUUAGACACAUUUGUUUUAAAACCAACUAGUAGCACACAGACGAACCUUAAAGCGUCAGCGAUGUUGAUUAGAUUAAUUGAUUUACUACAAAAAAGAGCGUGAAAGACACAGGAGAGCCAUAAAUGAUUGCGGAUAUUAAACGCCGAACGAGCAAUACACUCAUCACCGUGAAAAGCGGGGGCAAAGUUUCGGUUGGAUUUAAUUGUGUAGCAGAACUUUAAAUGGAAAUGUAUACCGAUAUGUAUCACACGUUCGCGAACGCAAAACUGCGAACGCUUUUGGAAAUGAACAAACUUGUAAAAGCAAGCAAGAGAAGAGAGACAAAGUGGGGAAGAGAAAACUAAUCUAAGCCGUUUGCCUUUUGCUGUAAUUGCAUAUUGUUAAGAACUGGAAAACAAAAUUCGUGCAAGUGUCACGUGUUCCGUUGGACCCUGUUUCUGAUUUCAUGCUUGUUUGUUGCAUUUUGGUUGUCGUUAGUGCAGUGUAAUGAAAAGUACAAGCGAGAGGAGGGGCGGGAAAAAGCGCGCGGAAAACUGAGCUUUGCGUCGAUAGUGUGAGGAUAAGUUAUUUACAUGUUUUCUUGAGAUUCGAUCGUAGCGGGCUCUCUCUCUCUCUCUGUCUAUCAGUUCCGAUUCUUUUUUAAGUGGUAGUGUAAUAAAAUGAAAACAAAUCAUAACUACAA